ACAGCUUCACUAAAAAGAUUACAAAUAUAUGAUAGGCAUGAUAUGCAUAUUAUCUUUGGAGCACUCAGAAACAACACAAGAAUAACAAUGCGAAGAUUUCUUCUUACUUUGAUUUUAGUCUGUGCUCUGAGUUCUCCAUCUGAAUUGUUAAGAUUGGUCAAUGGCUCUGAUUCCUGCUGUGGAAGAGUGGAGAUCCUUCACAAUGACACAUGGGGAACUGUGUGUGAUGACGACUGGGACUUAACAGAUGCUGAUGUUGUGUGCAAACAAUUAAACUGUGGAAGAGCCAUCAGCGCCCCUCACAGUGCAGCAUUUGGUCAAGGAAGUGGAAAGAUCUGGCUGGAUGAUGUUGGAUGCUCUGGAAAUGAGAAUACCCUUACACAGUGCUUACACAGAGAUCUGGGAAAACAUGACUGUGGUCAUGGUGAAGACACUGGUGUUGUGUGUACAGGUGAUCUGCAGAUGCCCACCCUUACCAUUAUCUCUCAUUCAGUUGUGUCUCCUGGAGAAAACAUUCAGUUCAGAUGCACAACACCUAAUCCAAGAUGUCAUGUAAAUGCUGAAUUCCACCUGUUCAGAAACAGAUCAUCCCAAAUAUCCUCUGAAACAAGUGUAUCUAGUGUGACUUUCAAUCUGACUGUAGACGUCUCACAUCAGGAUCAGUACAGCUGUGAUUACUCUUACAGGAAUGACACCAUCAAGUCUUCCAGGAGUAACACUAUUGAAAUCACUGUAGGUUAG